CAGCAACAAGCUGUGACUAUAACUACGAUAUUCAAAGGACAAUGAUUCUUGCUAACGAUCAAUUGGCUUAUAGCUCUCAGCACUCCUCCCCCCGUCAUAAUCUUCACAGCCUUGGCCCUGCACGCAUCAGCGCUCGAUGGCCAUUACCGAGAUCGCCCUCCUACGACUCCUUCCCCCCACGAAUGCCAACGAUGCCUCCCUGUGCACAAAGCUUUCUCAUGCAAAAGACGUGAUGGAGAAGUAUACAGGCCGUCGGUUCUACUACCUCCAGCAAGUCGAGGACCCCUCGUUACUCUACAUCAUUGGAGAGUGGGAUUCUCUCGACCAGCACAUGAACAACUUUAUCCCUUCAGGGGAUAAUCAGGCUGUGCUGGAAAGUUUAAAAAACGAAUUGACAGUGGAUUGGCUGCUCCACAUCGACGCACCUCACUCGGCACUACCUCUGCCAAAAGGGACCAGUGGCACGACAGGGGGUGGACCACAGCUUUGGAGUAUUGGCCGGCACUUCAUCAAGACGGUAGAGAAGGGCAAGUUCAAGGAGACAUUCGAGAGCCACAAACACUUCCUGCAGGAUUACGUCACGGAAGGAACAAUCGGAAGCGGAUGGCGUGUGGACCCUGAGGAGGGAAAAGAUGAGUUCGUUCUUUGGUGCCCUUGGAAGGAGGUCGAACAGCACUAUGAAUUUGCGACGACGGAAGGAUUCCAAAAGUAUUCCAAGAUCAAAGAGUAUGUCGAUGGCACAGAGAUCAAGCAUGCAAAACUCUUGGAUUUGUAGCUACUCUAAACUCUUCUACUGAAGGUUUGGCACGUGGGAAUGCGUCGCGUAUUGAGACCA